ACCUAGCGGUGUAUUUACCUUUUGAAUAUGAAUCUGAAAACAGACGAUCUUCCUCGCGUGUCAAAUGGCUGACGUGGACAAGUUGGAUAGCUAUGUAACAGGAAAUUUGACGGAAUCCGAAGUUUUAGAAAAUAAGCCUUCGCGGGAUUCUAUGAUGCCUCUUCCUGUGAAACUCAAUCUCUCCGUCCCCGCCGCAUCUGAAUGGAUAGGCUCUCGAAGGAAGAAUCUUAAGCCGUGGUUUCAGUUUGUACAAACGUCAAAGUUUCAAAGUCCGUCAUCCGUGCCUCUUCUGGGUGCUAGAAUUGUGAAGAAUAUCGAUCAUUUUCAGAGCAAUUAUUUGUGCAUAUUUAUCAUACUUAUUUUGUAUUGCUUGUUAACAUCACCCCUACUUUUGUUUGCUGUGGGCACAUCUUUAGGAGCUUGCUUUUUUAUAUCACGCAAAAAUAUUGAUCAGAAAAUAUGUUUAUUUGGUCAGGAACUCAGCUUAGCUCAGCAAUAUGGACUUAUUGCUAUGGUUUCCCUUCCACUUUUCUAUCUAGCAGGAGCUGGUUCUGUGGUCUUCUGGGUUUUAGGUGCUUCUAUGUUUUUCAUCAUUCUUCAUGCAUCAUUUUACAAUAAUGAAUCACCUGAAGAGAGUUUUGAACUCCCUAUUCAACAGGUUUAGAAUUUUUAUUUCAUUAUUAGUGUUUGCCAAUUAGCCUUAAUUUAAUGAAUCAUCUAAUAAUCUAUC